UCCGUCUUGUACUAUUUUGAGUAAACGGACUGCAGAGGAAGUGACAAUACGUGUACAAGACUACCAUUGUCCUGAUUCCAUUAAACUUUAUAUGGACACUGGAAAUUUGACAAGAAGACUAUUGAAUACAUCAUCUACUAGCAUUACUGGCGGCAUGUUUGAAACCACAGUCAAUGAAACAACAUCGUUUGAACAGACAAAGAAGUUGGUCUAUGUCUGUGGAGACAAGAGUUCGGAAAUUGCUUGCGAAGAUAGAGCACCACCGAUACAGAAGGUCCCCAAUAGUAAUAUCGUCAUCCCAGUAGUUGUGCAAGUUGUGUUCCUUAUCGUCAUAUACGUCAUCGCCAUCAUCAUCUUCAUCCUCCGAAAAAGGAAGAACAAGAAUCAAAAGGCUAAAAAUCCCGACCCGCAACUACCUUUGUAUUAUGCCGACGCCUGUGUGCACUAUGCAACUGUUGAUGACUUGAGUGUCCCAGAAACAAAGACAAUGAAACAGGUCUUAAAUUUAGAAAUGGUCGGGGGGGUAUAUUCACUUGUUGCUGACAGACGUGCUGCCGACAAAGGCACACAGGGAGAUGACACAGCUACAACCCAAGACACAGGCUACUCUGAAACUGUUGAGGACCAACAAGUGCAACAACACCUAGGGUAAUGCAGGGAGACCUCCCUCUCCAAAUUGAUGCUGCAGGAUAUUCAACUGUUGCUGACAGACAAGCUGCAGAAACUAGAGAGAAGACACAGCUAAACCUUUGGACACGGGCUACUCGGAAACUGUUGAGGACCAAAAUGGAGCCGAACCUAGUAUAAGACAAGGAGACAUAUAUGCAACUGUUAACAGGAAGAAAGUCACGCAUCUACCACCAGCAUAGUGCAAACCUUACAUGACAACCGGGUGGAAUCGUAUUAGAAUUUAGAAUUUGAAGAUUUUGAUUACUUGGUGUCAUUAUCAGGAACUCAAUUUAACUGUUAUUGGUAUGUGUAAGCAAUGCAUAAAUGCCAUUGCUCGAAAAAGCAAUGAUACUGUUUGUAUAAUAUUUGCUGGACGUGAUAAUAUGUGUAAUGCAAAUAUUAUUACAUCUAUCUCUUUUUUUAUCUUAACCCUAAUAGCUUUGUUUUGUUAAUCUAUAUCAUAGUAUCUCGCAUUUGUACUUUAUUUUAUCUUCCAGCAGUGGAAUUGUGUCCUGACAAUAUGUAAAAUGUAUACAAUUCAAAACAUGACAAGUGAUUGUAUUAUACUUAUAUAGCAUAUAAAUAAUCAACAGAUGACAAUCGAUUGUUUAUUUGCACACAUCAUUCUCAUUGAUCCAGGUUCUAUUUGGUGCACAUGGAACAGUAGAUUUUCAAGAUGAAGGUCAUUGGUGCUCAAUAUCUUGUAUGUCCACCAUUAGAGUUCAAACCCGACUGGUAUCGUCGUCCCAUGGAAGCAAUAGGAUUCCGAUUUGUGGCCUGGGAGAUGUUCACACACUCUUCUGGAGAGCUGUGUGGUUGUUGUUGACGUGUUUGCAGUGAUUGAUUCCGUGCAUCACAUAAAUGUUCGAUUGUGUCUAAAUCUGGAGACCUGGAUUGCCAUGGUUGUUGUGAGUCUUGCCUUGUAAAGUCGGGCGUUGUUGGAAAAUGACGUUCGUUUGCACCAAGUCUCUUCUACCAGUGUUGGAGAUGACAGCCCACAUCGUCACACUGCCACCACUAAUAUGUGUGCAGGUUCGGGCAUAACUUUCCUUGCGCCGUCACCCAUCGGCACGUUAUCAUUGGAUCCAAAAACACUAUCUUCACGAUUGCCUGAUAACAGUUCCAUAUUCACAGCAGAAGCAAACGUCAUUUUAACAGCACUAAAAUGUAUCAAUAACCAAUCUGAACAAAAACAAUUUAUUCUUUAUCACUUUCAUGCCUCCAGGAUAUUAAAAAUAUGUCAU